AUGACCACAGCAUCCAGAAUCUCCUUCUGCGCGGGGUUUGUGUUCGGAGGCUUCAUGCUGUACCUUUUUCUACGACAAAUAGGCUUCCAGAAGACCUUUUCCGGGCCAUUAUUCAGCGGCUCCGGAAGGCAUCUCGAUCACCAGCAGCAAGAGCUUGAAGAGCAGAAAGUGUGGAAGAAAAAUGGGUCAGCCCUCUUGAAUCUGAAACACCCUCAUCAUUCAGAUGAAGACAGCAGAAUGGCAGAUGAAUUGUACAAAAAAGUACGCAUUCUUUGCUGCGUGAUAACUGCACCCCAAAACCUGGAGACGAGGGCUCGCUACGUGAAGGACACGUGGAGUCGUCACUGCAAUAUUGUGGUGUUUGUCAGUUCCGUGGACGAUCCAGACUUCCCAACCGUGGGUUUGGAUACAAAAGAGGGCCGUGACCAGCUUUAUUGGAAAACCAUCCGGGGCCUCAAAUACGUCUACGAGCAUCACGGCCACGAAGCCGAUUGGUUCCUCAAGGCGGACGACGACGCCUAUGCAAUAGUGGACAACAUGCGCUGGUUUCUUGCAAACCACUCCACGGAUGAGCCUAUUUAUUUUGGUCGAAGAUUCAAGCCCUUCGCCAAGCAAGGCUACAUGAGUGGUGGCGCUGGAUACGUGCUGAGCAAAGAGGCCCUGCGGCGAUUCUUGGAAGGCUUCAAAAACAAAGUGUGUACUCACACCAGCUCAGUGGAGGACCUAGCGUUGGGACAGUGCAUGGAGAAGGUCGGUGUGGUGGCAGGAGACUCCAGGGACACUUUGCAACGGGAGACAUUUCACCCCUUUGUACUUGAGCAACACCUUACUGCCAAGUUUUCAGAUAGUUUCUGGUAUUGGCGCUACAACUACUACCCCAUCUCACAGGAGUCUCUCACCUACCUCACAGCAAUGGUUCCAGCAGGGCAGCCAGGCUCCCCCGAACUUCUUUCCCUCGUGGAAAAGAUUUUGUCAAUUGCGUUGAGAGUCCAGCUGAUCAUAUCCAUGCCUGAAGUUUAG